GGCUUCAAGAUGGGCUGCGCUCCAGUUCCAAUAGCCGCAGCGGGAGCCGGGAGCGGCGGGAGGAGCAGACCGACACCUCGGACGGGGAGUCCGUGACCCACCACAUCCGCAGGCUCAACCAGCAGCCUUCGCAGGGGCUGGGGCCGCGAGGCUACGACCCGAACCGGUACCGGCUGCACUUCGAGCGCGACAGUCGGGAGGAGGUGGAGAGGAGGAGGAAGGCCGCCCGGGAGCAAGUGCUGCAGCCCAUCAGCGCCGAGCUGCUGGAGCUGGACAUCCGGGAGGUCUAUCAGCCCGGCUCAGUGCUAGACUUUCCCCGACGCCCGCCUUGGAACUAUGAGAUGUCCAAGGAGCAGCUGAUGAGCCAGGAGGAGCGGAGCUUCCAGGAGUAUCUCGGGAAGAUACACGGGGCGUACACCUCGGAGAAGCUCAGCCACUUCGAGCACAACCUAGAGACGUGGAGGCAGCUGUGGCGUGUGUUGGAGAUGUCUGACAUUGUCCUGCUGGUCACUGACAUCCGACAUCCCGUCGUGAACUUUCCACCGGCGCUGUACGAGUAUGUGACUGGGGAGCUGGGCCUGGCUCUGGUGCUGGUCCUCAACAAGGUGGACCUGGCCCCGCCGGCACUCGUGGUCGCCUGGAAGCACUACUUCCACCAGCACUUUCCCCAGCUGCACAUCGUGCUCUUCACCUCCUUUCCUCGGGACCCCUGUGCCUCCCACGACCCCAGCAGUGUCUUGAAGAGGACUCGCAGGCGGGGCAGAGGAUGGACUCGCGCCCUGGGGCCAGAGCAGCUGCUGAGAGCUUGUGAGGCCAUCACUGCAGGGAAAGUGGACCUGAGCAGCUGGCGAGAGAAGAUCGCCCGGGACAUGGCCGGAGCUACCUGGGGAGGCGGCUCUGGGGAGGAGGAGGAGGAGGAGGAUGGGCCAGCCGUCCUGGUGGAGCAGCAGACGGACUCAGCUAUGGAGCCAGCUGGCCCGACCCGGGAGCGCUACAAGGACGGAGUAGUGACCAUUGGCUGCGUGGGUUUUCCCAACGUGGGCAAGUCCUCGCUCAUCAAUGGGCUGGUGGGCCGGAAGGUCGUGAGCGUUUCCAGGACACCGGGCCACACUCGCUACUUCCAGACCUACUUCCUCACCCCAACCGUGAAGCUCUGUGACUGCCCAGGCCUCACCUUCCCCUCCCUGCUGCCCAGACAGCUGCAGGUGCUGGCCGGGAUCUACCCCGUCUCCCAGAUGCAGGAGCCCUACACCGCCGUGGGCUACCUGGCUUCCCGCAUCCCCGUGCAGACCCUGCUGCACCUGCGCCACCCAGAGGCCGAGGACCCGUCCUGCGAGCACCCCUGGUGCGCCUGGGACAUCUGUGAAGCCUGGGCCGAGAAACGCGGCUACAAGACUGCCAGGACGGCCCGCAACGACGUGUACAGAGCAGCCAACAGCCUGCUGUGGCUGGCAGUGGAUGGCCGCCUCAGCCUGUGUUUCCAGCCCCCGGGCUACAGCGAGCAGAGAGGCACCUGGGAGUCUCACCCUGAGACCACGGAGCUGGUGGUGUCGCAGGGCAGGGUGGGGCCAGCAGGCGAUGAGGAGGAAGAGGAGGAGGAAGAGCUGAGCAGCUCCUGCGAGGAGGAGGGCGAGGAGGACCGGGACGCGGACGAGGAGGGCGAGGGGGACGAGGACACCCCGACCUCGGCACGGGGGCCUGGCCUGGCCGCCCACAACCCCUACGCCCUGUUGGGCGAGGAUGAGUGCUGAGCACCCCCGCCCCUCCCCACGCUGUGAAUAAAGGUGAUCUGCCGCAGCCCCUGCCCGUGGCCUGAGGCGAGCGUGGCAUGAGGGGCUGGCCGCCGGGAGGCUCCUCUCUCCACCCUUCUGUUCCCGUCCCCGCUCUCCUAAGGGACCGUCUCGCGGGUAGCUCAGUGGACACCUAGCUCUCUGCCCGCUCGCCCACCCUGCACCUUAGCGCCCCAGGGCCAGUGGGGCCGCAGUGCAUGCCCGGUGCCAGCAGCAGCCCUGCAGGCGGACCUAGCUGUGCGAGGAGAGUGGCGCGGGCUGUGUGCAGUUGAGCGAUCCCGAGGGUCCGCUGGGCGUCUGGACUGUGCUGAGCAGGAGCCUGUGGAGCUGCGGCCGGCCUCAGCAGACGCAAGGAAGCUGCGUGUGCUCUGCACACCCUAGGAGCACGUGAACUACAUCUCUAGGACUUGCUGUUGAUAUAAAUUUUUAGUUACAGACAA